ACGGGAACCAUUUGCACCGGAGAAAAAAUCGAACAACAUUCUUGUGUGGUUAGUGCUGCUGUCAAAAUAAAAAAAUAAUUGGUAAAAUUAAGAAAAUUAAAUAAAUUUUCAUAAAAAAUAUCAACAGUUGUGAGUCAAUCUUAAGAAUACACGAUUUUUAAAUACAAAGCGAACAAAUACCGUGAGUGCCGUGAGUGAAAGCUUUGUGCGAUUAUUGGUCCGGCAUUUUCCUGUUGUUUCCCAAUAUCCUAUUCCAUACGUUAUCUUGCAACGCGGGAUUUUAAAAAUGUCGAAAAGUUCUGGAAGGGAUCGUGACCGCGAAAGAGAACGUGACCGGGACCGAGAUUAUGAGAGGGAACGUGAGCGAGAACGCGAGAGAAAACGCCGUUAUUCAAGGAGUAGGUCUAGGUCUCCAAAGGAGCGAUCUUCCCGCAAUGGAAACGGUGCGAGUAGCAGCAGUCGCAACCGCGAUGAACGAAAGAGGGAUAGAAACGAGCGUGAUCAUCGCGAUUUUGACCGCAGACGGGAGGAAAAACGAAGAAGGGAGUCACCAUCCCAAUCAAAGUUGAAGGAAUACGAACGGGAAAAGAUGCGUCAAAUGGAAAGAGAACGUGAUCGGGAAAGAGAGAAAGAACGUGAAAGGGAUCGCGAAAGAGAACGGGACAAAGAACGGGAACGUCAACGGGAACUUAUUCGUGAAAAGAUUGUUGAGGAAAACCAGACAAAACCAGCUCCUCCCGCAACAAUUGUCAUCAAUGAAGAUUCAAGCAGCUCAUCGCCGGAGGAGGAAGAAAUUGAUAAAGAAGAAGAACAACGACGACUGGAGCUGGAAAUGAUAAAACGCCGUGAACGCAUUGAACGUUGGCGUGCUGAGAGAAAGCUUAAAGAACUGGAAGCCAAUAAAAAAGACCUAAAAUCGUUGUUGCCCCCGCCCACUACAAAUAUUGUUUCCAAAAAAUGGAGUCUUGAAGAUGAAUCCGAAGAAGAAGACAACACAAUUGCCACAGUUGAUCUCAGUAAAGAGCCCGACUCACCACCUUCAAAAUUUCAUCGCAUAAAGAAACCUAGGGAUGACGAUGAGGAUGAAAAAGUUGAUAGACUAAAAUCAUCGAAGAGCAUUGUUAUUGCCGCGAAAGCAAAAAUUGAAGCUUUGCGAGAAGAAGAAGAACUCAAAGUUGAGCAGUUGAAAAAGGUCAGAGAAGAAGAGGAAUAUUCCAAAAAAGAAGCGGCAGCCGCAAAAUUGUCGGCUGAGGCCGAAGAAAACGACGAGAUUGAUCCCUUGGAUGCUUAUAUGCAGGAGGUGGCCAAAGAAGUGAGACAAGUCAAUCAUAUCAUUACGCAACCCAAAAAACAGCAGGGUGUUGUUAUUUUGACCGGCAUGGCCAAAAAGAAGUCCACGGUAAAUAAAAACAAAGGAGAAUUAAUAGAGCAAAAUAUGGACAGCUUGGAGUAUUCGAGUGAAGAAGAACUGGAAGAUAUUAAAGAUACUGCUGCUAGCUUGGCAAAUAAACAUCGCAAGGACUUGCCCAAAAUAGAUCAUUCCGGCGUUGAAUAUGCAUCAUUUCGUAAAAACUUUUACGUUGAGGUACCCGAAUUGGCACGUAUGACACAACAAGAAGUGGAAAAAUAUCGAGCUGAUUUGGAAGGCGUACAGGUCAAGGGCAAAGGUUGUCCCAAACCCAUUAAGACUUGGGCACACUGUGGCGUCAGUAAAAAGGAAAUGGACAUUUUACGUAAAUUAGGCUUCGACAAGCCCACACCCAUCCAGUGCCAAGCGAUUCCGGCAAUUAUGUCUGGGCGAGAUUUAAUAGGUAUUGCAAAAACUGGCAGUGGCAAAACGCUAGCAUUCAUUUUACCCAUGUUUAGGCACAUUCUCGAUCAGCCAGAACUGGAAGAUGGUGAUGGACCUAUUUCGAUAAUAAUGGCUCCGACCCGUGAAUUGUGUAUGCAAAUCGGCAAGGAUAUUCGAAAAUUCUCCAAAAGUUUGAAUUUGCGCGUCGUUUGCGUCUAUGGUGGUACGGGCAUGUUUGAACAGAUCGCCGAGCUGAAACGUGGAGCCGAAAUAAUUGUCUGUACACCAGGGCGCAUGAUAGAUAUGUUGGCAGCCAAUUCGGGCCGGGUGACUAAUUUACGUCGUGUCACCUACAUUGUUUUGGACGAAGCUGAUCGUAUGUUCGACAUGGGUUUCGAACCUCAGGUAAUGCGUAUCAUUGAUAAUGUAAGGCCAGACCGUCAAACGGUUAUGUUUAGUGCAACCUUUCCAAGACAAAUGGAGGCUUUAGCCAGACGUAUUCUCAAGAAGCCAAUUGAAGUAAUUGUUGGCGGACGAUCCGUCGUUUGCAAAGAUGUGGAACAACAUGUAGCCAUAAUGGAAGACGAUGCCAAAUUCUUCAAGCUGUUGGAAUUGUUGGGCAUUUACCAAGAAAAGGGUAGCAUUAUUGUGUUUGUCGAUAAGCAAGAGAACGCCGAUAUUCUUUUGAGAGACCUAAUGAAGGCUUCCUACCCGUGUAUGAGUUUACAUGGCGGAAUAGAUCAAUUCGAUAGAGACUCAACGAUAUUAGAUUUUAAAUCUGGUAAGGUGCGUCUUUUAAUAGCUACAUCUGUAGCAGCGCGUGGCUUAGAUGUCAAGGAUUUGAUUUUAGUUGUAAAUUAUGAUGUUCCCAAUCAUUAUGAGGACUAUGUUCACAGAUGUGGUCGAACAGGUAGAGCGGGUAAGAAAGGAAGCGCAUGGACAUUUUUGACAUAUGACCAAGGGCGCUAUGCUGGUGAUAUCAUAAGAGCUUUGGAAUUAUCAGAAACUCCGGUUCCUGAAGACCUGCAGAAACUUUGGAAUGAGUACAAAGCUGGCCAGGAGGCCGAAGGAAAGAAAGUACACACAGGAGGUGGUUUUAGCGGUAAAGGGUUUAAAUUUGACGAGCAAGAAGCCAAUGCGGCUAAGGAGAGCAAAAAACUGCAAAAGGCUGCAUUGGGCCUGGCGGAUUCCGAUGACGAAGAAGACAUAGAGAAUGAUAUUGAUCAACAAAUCGAGCAACUAUUUGCAGCUAAGCGCACUGUGAAAGAUACAUCAGUGCCAACGCCAGCCGUUACUAUGGUAGCCACUGCUCCUGCGUCUGGCAGUACUGUCAUUGCUGGUGGAAAUACUGCAGCAGGUGCCAAUCCUGUUGGUUCUGACAAGCUUGAGUUAGCCAAACGGUUGGCUUCCAAAAUUAGUACCAACAAGAAUUUGGGUGCCGAUGGUAAGGCAUGUACACAAGUUGCAGCCGAAGCCAUACUUAAGGGUUCCAGUGCUACACAGCCAAUGAUUACUGCCCGUUCCGUAGUAGAACAGUUGGCUGCCAAACUCAAUAACAAACUCAACUAUCAGCCUAAAGAUGACGAGGAAGGUGCUGCAUCGGGCCUUUUGCCAAAUCAAGCUAACUCCUUCACAAAGUAUGAGGAAGAGCUGGAGAUCAACGAUUUCCCACAGCAGGCACGUUGGAAGGUAACGUCGAAAGAGGCAUUGGCCCAAAUAUCAGAAUAUUCCGAAGCUGGUCUCACAGUGCGUGGAACGUAUGUUCCGCCAGGCAAGAAUCCACCCGAAGGCGAACGUAAAUUGUAUUUGGCAAUAGAAAGCUGCAGCGAAUUAGCUGUCCAGAAAGCCAAGCGAGAAAUAACCCGCCUUAUCAAAGAGGAGUUGUUGAAACUGAGCUCAGCACAUCAUGUCUUCAAUAAAGGCAGAUAUAAAGUUUUAUAAAUGGCCAGACAAGAUUCGCAGUUUAAUGAUAACGGUCACAAUAGACUUGCGGUAAAUCUAGUUAAGAAACUAUUUGAUCAUUUUAUAAUUGCUCUAUUUUUCGGUCUAAGUUCUAGAAAUAUAAGACAAAGAAUCGUAACGAUUUUUAAAGACCUAAAAAACUAAUAAAGGGAGAAGAUCCAAAUGUUUGGAAUAUUUCCAAUUUUGACCAGAA